ACAAAGGCGGUAAAAGGCAUGACACCUCUUGAGGCUUGGUAUGGUCAAAAACCAUCAGCUGAUCACUUGAAGGUGUUUGGUUCAAUUUGUUAUAAUCAUGUUCCAACAGCUAAAAGAGGAAAAUUAGAUGAGAAGGCAGAAAUUGGGAUCUUUAUAGGCUAUGCAACACAAGCAAAAGGCUAUAAGGUGUAUGAUCCUAUAUCCAAGAAGGUAAAUGUGCAUAAAGAUGUUGUUUUUGAUGAGAGUGCACACUGGAAUUGGGAUGCAGGGAAGAUAGAAAAAGGUUCAAAUAAGCAGUGUGAAGCUAGUUCAGAUGUUGUUUCCAGUUCUGAAAUUGCAGAAGUUGAUGAUGAUUCACCGGUUUUGAAAACCAAGUCACUAGCUGAGAUUUAUGCAAGAUGUAAUCUAGCUUCUGCAGAACCUAAUUGUUUUGAAGAAGCAGCUAAGCAACAGGCCAGACUUGUUGUGAAGGGGUAUGCUCAACAGCCGGGAGUCGAUUAUGGAGAGACUUAUGCUCCAGUGGCCAGACAUGAUACAGUAAGGCUUCUAAUUGCAUUAGCUGCUAAUUUGGGUUGGAAGUUGUUUCAUAUGGAUGUAAAAUCAGCUUUCCUUAAUGGUGUUUUGCAAGAGGAAAUUUAUGUUGAACAACCACCUGGCUUUGAGAUUACAAGGAAGGAAGAUUGUGUUUAUAAGAUUAACAAGGCUUUGUAUGGUCUAAAACAGGCGCCAAGGGCCUGGUAUUGCAGAAUUGAUCACUACUUGAUGAGUCAAGGCUUCAGGAGGAGCACAAAAGAAGCAACUUUAUAUGUGAAAGGCAGCAGCAGUGAAUCGCAACUUAUUUUGUCACUUUAUGUGGAUGACUUAUUGUUAACUGGAAAUGAUUUGAAGUUGUUGGAGCAAUUCAAGAAGGUUAUGAUGCAAGAGUUUGCAAUGACAGAUUUGGGAGAGACAAAAUAUUUUCUGGGACUUGAAGUUCAACAAUUGAGCAAGGGAAUUUUUAUUUGCCAGAGAAAGUAUGCACUGGAUAUCUUGAAGAAGUUUGAAAUGGAGAAUAGCAAACCAGUUGCCACUCCACUGGUUCAAAAUGAAAAGCUUUCCAAGGAUGAUCAAGAAACCAAGGUUGAUUCCUCCUACUACCGAAGUUUAAUUGGUAGCCUGCUUUAUUUAACUGCUACAAGACCUGAUUUGAUGUUUGCAGCAAGCUAUUUGUCAAGGUUUAUGUCAGCUCCUAGUAAACUUCAUUUAGUUGCAGCCAAGAGAGUUCUUAGGUACAUCAAAGGAACCUAUGAACUUGGCUUGUGGUUUGACAGUAAUCAACAAGGAAGGUUAUAGGGGUAUGCUGAUAGUGAUUGGGCAGGUUCUAUGGAGGAUAUGAUAAGCACAACAAGUUAUGUGUUCUCCUUUGGUUCAGGGAGUUUCUCUUGGAAUUCAAAGAAGCAAGAUGUUGUAGCUCAGUCCACAGCUGAGGCUGAGUAUUUAGCA